UUAAGAUUUUUCCCUAAGCAAGUGGUUGAGUGAGAUGUACAAACCAGAGGGGGAAGUUUUACAGAAACACCAGUCAGAUGAACUCUUAGAGAGCCUCUCCAUAAGACCUUACCUCAAAUCUGACUCUUUGUGUAGUACAGUCAAAUCUCCUCCAGGUGGAGCAGGCUGGCAUAAUGACUGUUUGGACCAGAAUUCCUUACCUUCCUUGACCGCAUACCCUUUAACCUGUAAUCUGACAAGAACCUGUAACCAAGUCAUCUGUUGUGUGGAGUCAGAUUUAACAAAUUCUACAUUUGAAGUCUCAAUGGAGAUUGAUCCCUGCAUCAGAAUGCUUUUUCUCAAUAUUGAAAAACUUCAAGCUGCAAUACUUUUCACAGAUGUUCAAUGGGGUAAAGAACAACAAUAUUAUUUGCUGGGAGUGAUUCGAUUGGAUUACAAGAUUAUUGACCUGUAUGAUGAGAGUCUCUACCUUGUCGACCUUAAUGUAUCACUGUGCUGGGAAAGUUACAAACCCUGUAGCUUUGUUGCAGCAAUUUUCAAAAAUUCUAUCCUUAAAGAAAACAUGCAUGGACUAUGUGACCUGUCAUAUGAUGUCCAGUUGUACCAGUGUUCGCUGUUGUAUGGACUUAACCAGGCUAAAAUCUCAGUCAGUCCAGUUUUUAAUGAUGACUCGUGUGAAUGGGUGAUUGAGUACGGAAUUGAUAAAUUUAGUGUAAGACCAACCAUAAUGUAUGAUUUCAAGUUUGAUGAAUGGCAUGAUUAUUGGAUGAAGGGGAUAUACAGGUUAAGGUUUAUGGUCACACAUCUUCAAGGAGCAGACACUUUCAGAGUGACUCUUAGAUUUAUGGUUUGCUUAGAAGAUGGAUUACCUUGUGAACAAGAAGUUACAGUACUAAAUAACACACUUCUUCCCAAAUCAUCCUGUAAUUGGAAGAUUGGAAUCCCAGUGGAGGAUUUCACAUUCAGUUCAUGGAAGACACAGAAUAAGUACACAACAAUGGAAGAACACAGCAUUGCUAGACUGGAGGAGGAGCUAGGAAUGCAUGGGUACCUGUAUAACUCCACCCAAGUCUGUGAAAGAACAUCAGGAAUAUUUGCCUCCCCUUCUGCUGGAUGGACGAAUGAUUGCCCCAUUGCCCUUCCCAAUAAUGUACCAGUUGUAAGAGGAGCCAUCAGCUGUAACCUGGGAGCCUCCUGUUCUGAUGUGGUGUGUUGUCUGUACGCUGAACCUCUGAUGAAACACGUAACUAUCAGUCUCAGUCUGGACUACUGUCAAGACAGAAUCAGUGUGGGGAUAGACAAGUUCACCAGGGAAAUACAGCCUAGCUCAUACAACAACUGGGGUACAGAAGAAAUGCUAGACAUGAGUGAAAUUUAUCAACUAAAAUACACACUUGAGGAUCUACCAAAUGCCAACAUGGACUUGGUCAGUUUUUCCAUUCGUUCUUGCUGGGAAGGUACCUCUAAUUGUGAGGAAUACAUUAUCCUCUCCAACACCAGACUGCCAAAGUCUAAUUCCCAGCCAUAUUGUAACUGGAAAUCAGAGGAACCUAUUCCAGCUUUCUCUGUAAAGUCUUGGCUGGCCACCAAUGGAUAUCCAGAUUCCACACCACUGAAAGGAAAUGCAUUACAGGAUCUAAUGGAAGUUCUACAACUGUCCAGGUUUAAGGAGAAUAGGGACUGUAACGUAACAGGAGCUCCAUUUGUUCCUGUCAACAGCAACGACUGGAAUUCUGAGUGUCCUGUUAAUGAGAGUUUGAGAACCCUUAACAGUAGUGUUGUCUGCCAUCUUCCAAGUCUUUGCACAGGAUUAGAGUGUUGUGUUUCAAGCAGUGUCUUAGGAUUAUAUUUCCACACUUUUCUUCAAAUUGAUACCUGUACUUCAGAAAUAAUUGUUGGCAUUGAUAGAUGGACAUUCAGGGAGGUAUCAAUGGAAAUAAACAAAAUGUUAUCAGCAAGAAUGAAAAAGAGUAUAUGGCUUCAAGGUGUUUUGAAGAUGGACUUUGAGAUAAAAAAUUUGGACCAUGCCAACAAACUCCUUAUCAGUUUGAAUAUUAGUCUCUGUGUUGAAAGUCCCAGUAUCUGUGAAGUAAGCAACCAAACAAUAUUUCAAAACAUGCUUCUUCCAAAAGCAUCAUGUCAUUGGUAUGAUCUUCAACCCAAGCCAGCGGAAUCACUUUCUACUUGGAAAAAUAACAGUGGGUAUUCAGCAAAUAUUAAAUUGCCUCAUAUUGUGGCAAAAUUUGAAGAUCAGACAGGUGUAGCCAGCUACAGAAUGAGAUCUAGAUGUAGCAGGACUGCAGCACCAUACUGGCCCACCUACAAUGGCUGGACUCAAGAUAAAGCCUGUCGAAUCUCUGGCCUUCCAUACAACAUGAAGAAGAAGACAUACUGUGUGGUGGGGCCCAGGUGUACAUCUAUGACAUGCUGUACUGAGGAUCCAGAGAUGGAGACCACAUUUACUUGGUUUAUUGAUGUUGACUCCUGUAAUCUUGAAUUGACUCUUGGAAUUGAGGAAUUUCGGAAGAAAAUAUCUCUUCUUGAGUUUGAAUUUGGACAAAAAAACCAAUUUCAUCUCAAGGGAAUAUAUAGAAUAAGCUAUGUCAUCUAUGACUUGAUCCUUGACUCUCACUACAUGAUGAGUGUUAACCUAAGUGUGUGUUAUGAACCAGACAACUGCACCUUGACAGAAAUCAUUGUCAGAAAUGUGAUGUUUCCAAAGCCUGUGUGCAACUUUAUGGCCAAAGAUUUUUUUAUUCCAAGUUUCUCAAUGUCUAGUUGGUUGGCAGAGCAUGCCUUCAGACCAAAUUCCACAUUACCAUUGUAUGGUCAGUUAGAACUACUGGAGGAUCUGGGUCUGGCUCAGUACAUGAAAGACAAACAGUGUCAAGAAACAGAUGACAUUUACAGAAGUCACACAGAUAGAUGGACUAAAGAUUGUCCACUCAGUGUGUUGACUAGCCCCCUACCAGCUGGACUACUGUGUCACCUACCCUCUACAUGUACAGCUGUCCACUGCUGUAUAACCACACACACACCACUACAGAGGUCCCUCAGCACUGUCUUAGAUUUGGACCCUUGUAAUCAAAGGAUUUCACUGGGCAUUGAAAACUUUGUUCAUGAGAUCUCACUUUAUGACUUCCAGUUUGCUGACAGGAAAUACCAAGUGAGCCUCAACAUCAGUCUCUGUCUGGAGUCUUCUGGACCCUGUGUACUGGAUUCCAUGCUGUUUGAUAAUGCUUUAUUGCCAAAGAAACCCUGCAGUCUAAAUACUGGAUAUAUUCAGAAGA